UGUUCAGUAUUCUCGCGCUCUACAGUUUUCCUGGCGCUCUGAAUAAUGUCUGCGUUCGAAGCUGUUCUAUAUUUUGGUAUCGAUGCUCUCUGGGGCAUGGUUCUGUAGACACUACAGUAGAUUAUCCUAUUAGCGACCGCGGCACAUGCUCCGUUAUAUCUACGGAGAGCGGAACUUUUAAUGCUGAGCGUGGGGCUGAGGUCACUGCACAGUUUAGUGCUAGGGAGAAAAAAAAAAUCGUCUCUUAGCCUCCAUUUUGAGUAGUAUGGAAUAGCAUAGUUUGUAUCGACCACUACGCUGGCAGUGUCAACCUAAAAACGACACUAAAAGCCUCCGACAUGGACGACCUGUUCAGUCCGAGAAGCCUUAUUUCCAGGAGCCUGAACAGCACGCAGGGGGAGAUCAGAGUGGGAUCAAGUCAUCAGGCUAAGCUCCCUGAGCUGCAACCACGCCCUGUGUUUGGUGUUCAGACUCAGACAGAGAAUGAAGAGCUGGUGUGGAUGCCAGGGGUCAAUGAUUGUGACCUCCUCAUGUACCUUAGAGCUGCCAGGAGCAUGGCAGCGUUUGCAGGGAUGUGUGACGGAGGAUCCACAGAGGACGGGUGUUUGGCGGCCUCUCGUGACGACACCACACUCAACGCUUUAAACAUGUUACACGCCAGCCGUUACGACGCAGCUAAAGCUCUCCAGCGCCUAGUGAAGAAACCUGUGCCCAAACUCAUUGAGAAAUGUUGGUCAGAGGAUGAUGUGAAGCGGUUCAUCAAAGGUUUGAGACAGUACGGCAAGAAUUUCUUCAGGAUUCGCAAAGAGCUGCUGCCCAACAAGAAAACGGGGGAGUUGAUCACAUUCUACUAUCACUGGAAGAAGACGCCUGAGGCUACAGGCACGCGGCCGUACCGUCAGCACCGUAGACAGCCGUCCUCACGCAAGGCCAAGACUCGCGCCACCGCUGCCACUGUGAACACCCCUUCACAAUCCAUGGACAUAAGUUCAGCCAGUGAGGAUGACCUGGACAGUGAAGACAGCGAGCAAGACACCUGUGGACACUGUGCCACAACCACCUCUAAGGACUGGCAGCACGGAGGCCGGGAUAACAUCCUCCUGUGUACCACCUGUCGUACCUACUACAACAAACAUGGCCGCCUGCCGCCUGGCCCUAAGCCUGCUGACCCUCCCUUCAUGUUCAAACCUGUCAAAGAGGAAGAGGAGGGCAACGGGAAGCACGGCAUGAGGACGCGACGCAGCAGAACACCGUUGUCUUCAUUAAGAAGUGGCCACAAGAGGCUGACCGGCUCUCCUACCAGUGAAGACCAGCAGUCCAGUAGCCAUCCCUCUCCCGCCCCCAGUGGAGCUAGCUCCACCUCCAACACAUCCAGAAUCUCCUGUUUAGAGAAGACUGAUAACACAAAGAAGCCUGGCAAGAAGAUAAAGGAAGAGGCGCCCCUACCAAAGAGUACUAAACGUUCCAGGGAGAGUGCAGCCCAGGACCCAGAGGAGCCUGAGAGAACACCAACUAAAAGGACGAAGACACAGCAGGUCAGACAGAGUGGUGAACAGGCAGAGUGCCGGUCGGAGGGCGAUGGAGAGGCUGAGAGGGGUGAGGUGGAGGAGGAGAGCUGCUCAGACAGCCGCAGUGCCCAGGACGACGGCAGCAGCGACACCAAAGACAUCGACCAGGACAACCGCUCCUCCUCCCCCAGCAUCCCCAGCCCUCGCCAGGGCAAUGAGAGUGAUUCCGACUCCUCUGCCCAGCAGCUCCAGGGUGCCCACCAGGCAGCAGCAGAGACCGUCAGUGCCCCUGCUGCUGCCCUUGCUGAAACACAGACCCCACAAAUUGUUCCUCCACCACGGGUUGCAGGCUCAAACACAUCCCUGCCUCCCCAGGGUACCUCUCCCUCUGCAAAGCCUGGCCAGGUACAGGCCCAGGCAACCCCCUCCCCAGAGCCUCCCCAGCCUUCAGCCACCUCUGCUCAGGCUGGUCAGUCAGUUAGCGACCAGACAAGUCCCCCACACAACCGACCCCUACCCCCCUCUCACCCUCUCGCUGGCCCCUCACCUGUCCCUCCUCCGCUGGGACAGGCCUUCCAUCCUCCAACUCCUGUAUUACAGGGUCCUCUUCCUUCUCCUGGCUCUCUGCCUCCCACCCAGCCCCUGUCCCUCUAUGGUGCUCCGACCCAGUGCCCCCACCCCCAGCGACCCCCUCCUCACUUUCCCAGGGAACCCUCCUUCCCCCAGGCCCUCCCCCUCACCUCCGCGCCCCAAAUCAAACCACCCCCAACCACACCCAUCCCUCCAUCUCACAAGCAGCCACCACACCUCUCUUCUUCCCUUGCUCCCCCUUUCCCGCAGAUGCCAUCCAACCUGCCCCCUCCUCCGGCACUGAAGCCCCUCAACUCUCUGCCCAACCAGCACCCUCCCGGUGCCCCUCCACCCCCCCUCCAGCUCAUGCCCCAAUCCCUGCCCAUGCAGCAGGGUGUCCCACCCCAGCCUCCCGUGCUCACGCAGCUGCAGAACCUCCCUGGCAGAGGCAGCCACUCCCACCCCCACUCCUCCCUGCCCUCCUGCUCUGCCCCCUCAGCCUUGCACCCUGUCCUCUCUGCCUCUUCUCCCUCUACCAUGGGUCCAGUCCCUAGUCUCCAGCCCUCCUUCCCCUCUCUACGCCCCUCGCCCGAAAACCCCAAUGGCAUUGUAGGGUCACAUGUCCAGAUUAAAGAGGAGCCAUUGGAUGAAUGUGAGGAGCUUGAGUGUCCGCCCCCUCCACCCAGAAGUCCCUCACCGGAACCUUUGGUUGUCAACAUCGCCAGUCAUGCCAGCCAAUCAGCACGAUUUUUCAAACACCUGGACCGUGGCUACAACUCGUGCUCCAGAACAGACCUGUUCUUCACUCCCCUGGCCUCAUCCAAGCUGGCCAAGAAGAGAGAGGAGGCUGUGGAGAGAUCCAAGAGAGAGGCUGAGCACAAUGCCCGAGAAAGGGAGAAGGACAGAGAGAGGGAGAGGGAACGAGAGAGGCAGGAAGACAAAAAUGCUAGAGCGUCCAGCUCGUCCCACGACAGCCGUAUGAGUGAUGUCCAAAUGUCCAGCCAGGUCCACAUGCGCUCCUCCUUCGAGCAGCCCCCCACCAGUGUGGCCGCUGUGCCCCCUUACAUCGGCCCCGACACCCCUGCCCUGCGCACCCUCAGUGAGUACGCCCGACCCCACGUCAUGUCCCCCAACAAUCGCAACCACCCCUUCUUCGUGUCUCUGUCCCCCGGGGACCCUCUGCUGGCAUACCACAUGCCUGGCCUGUACGCCGCCGAGCCCAGCCUGAGAGAGAGGGAGCUCCGUAACCUCCGGGAGAGGGAGCUCCGCGAGAGGAUGAAGCCUGGCUUCGAGGUCAAGCCCCCGGAGAUGGAGACCAUGCAUCCAUCAGCCAACCCCAUGGAGCACUUUGCCAGACAUGGAGCCCUGGCCCUGCCUCAUAUCGCUGGGCCGCCCCACCACCCCUUUGGCCACUUCCACCCGGUCAUGCAGAACCACCUGGAGAGGGAGAGGCAGGCACUGGCCCUGGCCGGGCCCCAAAUGCGUCCAGAGCUAAGCUACGCUGAGAGACUGACUGCUGAGAGGCUCCAUGCUGAGAGGAUGGCAUCUGUGGCUAACGACCCGGCCGCCAGGCUGCAGAUGCUCAACGUCACACCGCAUCACCACCAGCACUCCCACAUCCACUCACACCUGCACCUACAUCAGCAGGACCCACUCAACCAAGGUGAGGAUGUGUGUUACUGUCACCCAGGUAAUGGGCCCCACCCCCUGGAUCCCCUGGCUCCUGGGCCCCGUCUGGCCCGCUUCCCCUUCCCUGGAGGCCCCAUCCCCAACCCUCUGCUCAAUGACCUGCCCCACGACCAUGACAUGUUGCGACACCCACUGUUUGCCUAUGCCGCUGUUGCAGGAGCAGGGUACCCCCGUGAGCUUCAGGGGCCCAUCCCCCAGAUGUCUGCAGCCCACCAGCUCCAGGCCAUGCACGCCCAGUCAGCAGAGUUGCAGAGGCUGGCCAUGGAGCAGCAGUGGCUACACGGACACCACCACCUACAACAUGGGGGGCCUCUGCCCGGACAGGAGGAUUACUACAGGUGAGCCGUCUGAAGAAAGAAGGUGACAAGCCAUCGUGAGACACCUGACGAUGUGAGUCACCAUGGAAAUGCAUAAAGAGAUAAUGCUGUGUAAUGCUGUGUACUUUUGAAAUACAUUAUGUGACAACUGAUCUUUUUUUAUUCAUUUAAAUGUAAUCUAGAGUUAAGAAUCUUUGUGGCUCAUAAUACUUGUUCCUUGCUCAGCACUUAAAGGGAUAGUUUACUCCCAAUCAUCGAAAGUUUGAGAGUAUUUCAUAUCUCAAUAAUGGUCUGUUAUAAAGAUUAGCAUAGUUUCUGUUCCAUGCCAUUUUUUGUCUAUAGACGUUACACAUUUUUCCACUUAAUAUGGAUUUCAUAGCUUUUUUUUUUUUUUUUUUUUUUUUUUUCAUAGAUUUCAUAGAUUUCUCCUAAUGCAAUAUAGCGGGCAGGAUCUACACAAUAGAUGGUGUGGAAUAUAGCUCACCUUUGAAGUUAUGAAAACAUCUGACAAACUUUGAUUAGGGGGUGACUAUCCUUUUACUUUCUAAACAUUCUGACUGAUCUCCUUGUACAGAAUGACAUUUAAUAUUAUAUGUUUGGAUGAUUGACUGUAAUAACCUUGCAUGACUGUUUCCCUUCGAUUUUCAUCAGAACUUAGAGUAGCGUUGCUAAUGUGUGAUUAGACAACAACAAAAAGCAUAGUAGAUACAUUUUAUUCUAUAUCUGCAAAAUAUUUGUCUAAAACCUAAAGUUUUAUAUAUUUCAAGAUGUUUUCACAAUUUAACCUGACACAUACAGUAACAUUUUUUAGAUUGUAAAUAAUACAUGUUCAAUAUUCUAUAUUAUUAACUAUGAUUAUUAUGAAUAUUAGUGAAUUCUUGACUUGCAAGCUGGCACAAUAAAGUUAAAUUAUUUAGCUAUACACACACAGAAUAUAUAGCGUUAUAAAGUAAAGUGAGUUAACACAGACAAUUAUAAAUUGGAGUAUCACUAUUGUCACCCCUGACAUAAAACGGUGUUUAGAACAGUGAAUCCAGAUAGUAAUAUUGUUUUGGUUAGACAAAACAGAAAAAGCAUUUAAACCUUGGCAUCUCUACCAUGGACAAACCCUGUUUGAAUAUUUAUGUGAAAUAAUAUGUAAAACAAAGUGUAUGCAUUGCAUAUUUAUUUGAAUAAAUAACUCUGCAAUAACAUGAUAGAAUGUAUUGUUCAAACUGUACCCUCUUUGGAUGGAUGGAUGGAACUUUUGGGGAAUUGUUUAUGUGGUAACAGUAAUGGGCCAAUAGGGGGCAAUCCUCACCCUUCCUUAGUGAAACGGUUGUUUCAGUAGGAUCACUUUCUAACGAGAAAGAAAUAAUGACGCUCAAAUUUAAGAUCAUUAAACAAAAUAAUGAGGGAUUCUAUCAGCCUAAUCGAGGUGUAGAUUACAUUGCAGUGCUCUCACAUUCCAGUGUACGAACUUGUAAACAAGGCUGCAUGGGAUUUCUCUUAAUGCGACUUUGUACAUUUUCCAAUGGCAAAGGUAUAAUUCCAGGAGCCACUUGUGGAUUUGACAGCUCUAACACAGUUCAAUCUCUGACACCGCCAAAACAAUCGCUCUGCGGGUGUCAGCUAAAGUGGAUCUGAUUGAAUAGAGUCCCUAGUCCCGAGCAUAUGGGACUGUAGACCCCACAUUCAGACCUGUGCAAUAAUAAAUGGAGUCAAAGAGAUGUAUGGUAAGUUGAAUUGCUUAACAAUGACAAAUAGCUUCUUGAAGUUAUUCAAUCAAUUUACACACAACACCAUACUAUAUAUUAUAGAGGUUCAUUAAACUUGUCUAAGGUGAAAAGUGUUAGUGUUGCUCUUGAUAUUGAUUUCACAUUUGUCAAAUAUGGCAGAUAUUAUUUGGCCUUUCUUUCCACUGCUGAUAAAACCAUUCAGAGCCUUGCAUAGACCAUGUUAACAUUAGCCUUUAAUAAUCAUGCAGAAUAAUGAUGAAAUACAUUGUUACUUUAAUAAGUGCACAAUAUGAUAUUAUGUUUUGUAAAUGACAGCCCUUGGUGGAAAUGUCAUUGAGAUCUUAUGGUAAUUUACUACAGCUGAAUGAUUUGUUUGGGCUGACCAUAAUUUAGAUAAUUAAUUAAUUAUACAACAACAUGCAUAUAUCAAAUUGUAUCAAUUCUUUCAAUUGGACUCUUCCUCCAAUGUUUUUCUCUUCACUCAAAGUAACGCUUUGGAAAUACAUUCGGUCAUGCAAGUCAUGACAUGUACAAUAUACAUAACAUGACCAGAAAUAUGUGGACAACUGCUCAUUAAACAUCUCAUUACAAACUUAUGACCAUUAAUGACUUGGUCUCCCCUUUGCUGCUAUAACAGGCUCCACUCUUCUGGGAAGGCUUUCCACAAGAUGUUGGAACAUUACUGCGGAGACUUGCUUCUAUUUAGCCAACAGCAUUAGUGAGGUCGGGCACUGAUGUUGGGCGAUCAGACCUGGCUCACAGUCUGCGUUCCAAUUCAUCCCAAAUGUGUUCGACGGGGUUAAGGCCAGUGAAAUUAUUUUACACCGAUCUCGACAAACCAUUUCUGUAUGGAUCUCUCUUUGUGCACGGGGGCAUUGUCAUGCUGAAACAGAAAAGCGCCUUCCAACUUUGUGGCAAAAGUUUGGGGAAGCACAGAAUCAUCUAGAAUGUCAUUGUAUGCUGUCGCGUUAAGAUUUUCCUUCACUGGAACUGUCGGUAAGAUGUCGGUAAGAAGGCAUCCUAUGAUGGUGACACGUUGAAAGUCACUGAGCACUUCAGUAAGGCUAUUCUACUGCCAAUGUUUGUCUAUGGAGAUUGCAUGACUGUGCUCGACUUUAUACAUCCGUCAGCAACGGGUGUGGCUGAAAUAGCAGAAUCCACAAAUUUGAAGGGGUGUCCACAUACUUUUGUAUAUAUAGUGUAUUUGAUAUGAUCUUUGCAUAGAAGUGGCCUACACUAUGUUUGUUGACCAUGGUACAUUCACGUCAUUUUUUAAAUCCCUUUUACAAGCACAGAAUGUUUUGCAAAGUUCUGCCAUUUGCAUGCAUGACAAAGCAAAAACAUGGCUUGGCUUCUCUCCAAGCAUUAACAUAAACCUACCUGCUUGACUGACAUCUUUGACUUACACUAAACCCUGACAAAUACAUUUUCUCCACAUAGACUUUCUACAUACAAAUGGCAUUGAUUUUACUUUGCACAUUUAUCAAAAAUAGUCUCUCUGGUUGCCUUCCAAAUGUUCUUGAUAAAACUAUAUAACUGAAAUGCUGACUGAAUUAAAUCACAACAAAUGCAUUUUACAUGAUCCAAAUACUCUGUUUUACACACAUGAAGGCACCACAUAGUCAUACUUACCAUGUUGCUGUAAAGUGACAUCGACAUACUGUACAGUCUAAUAGUCUCUAUGGUACUCGCAGAAAAAUGUUAGCCCUGCUAUGUAGGCCUGUUUAAUGCAGUCUGAGAAAUGUUUGCACACUGAACAUAUGAUCAUUAAAUUAGAACAUAUCUCACUGUCAAAACGUAUAUAAUUGACCAGCUUCCCGUUGACCAGCUUCCCGUCAAGCUUCCUGUUGAGUAAAACAUUAGGGGCCGGUGUCCCAGAUACAGAUUAAUCUGUAUCCGGAAAAACACCCCAUGUGGAUUAGAAUACUUAUGAAUGUUACUACUACUGUACUGCCAGUAAACACUAUUUUAUGAUAAUGGAAAUUACUACUGUGAUUGAGAUAUAAAUGUUUGUGAGUGUUACUUUGUUGUAUGAAACUGUUGAUGACACUGCUAUGGUCCCAAGUGAAAAUAUCUGGAAACGUUCCCCUAGAAGCAAUAGCUUCAUAUCAUGCCUCGUCCUCAGUUGAAUCAUUCAGGUCUUCAGCUUCCCUACUCUUCACCACAUAGCGUCAAAGGUACUGGAUGGCAGAUAUGGUACUCACAUUUGCCAGCAGAGCUGAACAAUAGUUCAGAGAGAGUUAUUUACAGUAUUUUGAAUCUGUCCCACAAUUAUACUAGCCUGGUCCCAGUUCUGUUUGUCCUUGCAUGGCAGGAGUUGGCAAGAGCAGAAACAUACUGGCAUCCUGGCUACAAUUAUACAUGUGUUGUUGAAGAUAUACAGUGUCAACUUAUCUAUAUGCAAUUUUUAUACAUAAGAAAAUAAUAAAUACAAUAAAAAAUGGAUAAAGAAAC